AUGACCGUGGAUUCUGCGGUAACUAUUAUACCUAUUCUCCAACAAAAAUGUGACACUUUAAAAAGCAAGAUAGCAGAUUUCACUUUGGUUAAUCAGGCCUUACAAUUGAAAACUUAUCAACUAUUAAAUUUCAUCAAUCGUCACGAAGAUUUCUCUGGUUUAAUUACAAAAGAAUACGAUGAGGUUUCUAACGAUAUUAAUAUUGUUCAAUCAGCCAUAGAUAGGUAUACAUGUGAACUGGAAGAUUGGAAAUCGAAACUUGAUCAGUAUAUGAUGAUGGUGACAACUGUGGUGUUAAAUAACAGUACUAAUAGUACAACUAACGGUAGUAAUGUUAGUAAUCUUAAUAAUAAUAACAAUGGGGAUGACAGUAUCAAUUUGACAUUUGGGUCAACUAAAUUACCUAUUGUUGCGUCAUCUCAAUCUCCGUCUCUUCCAUCCGUAUUCUUAUCGUCAACCAACUCCCCAGUUCAACUAGAUAAUUCAUCUUUAGGAACUCUACAAAGUGUUAAUAAUAAAUUUUCUGAGUUUAAAUCAUCUCACCCAACAACAACAACAAAAUUACGUUUACGUGCACACUUCCCAAACAGUCAAUUUACAUUAGUUGAAAUUAAAUCUGGACAACAAAUCAAACAUGCUUUAGAAAAGAAAUUAUCACAUCGUGGUCUACACUUAGAACAGUUAAUUGUUUACCGAUCACGUACAGGUCUACCAGUUUCAUGGGAAGAUGACGCUGAACAAAUUGCUUUAAUUGGUGAAGAAUUAAUAGUUGAUUUUGCUCGACGAAACUUUAAACGUUUAGAACAUCAUUUUCAAAGAAAGACAUUUUUUGAAAAGGCUUAUUGUAAUCUAUGCCAUAAGUCUAUAUUCCAUGGUGCUAUAUGUAAAGCCUGUGGUUGCGCCUAUCAUAAUCGUUGUCUUCCGCGUGUCGAUAAGAAUUGCUUGUCCAAUUUAGAUGAUGAUGUUUUCUAUGUUGGUGAUCAACUAAGCAGUCGAAACUCUUUGGGUACUUCUAAUUCAUCUAUACACGGAUCAAAUUGGUUAGUUUCUUCAAAUGCAACACCAGGCUAUACACAUUUCUAUCAUUUUAAUCCUGAAGACCUAACAACAGUUCGUGUAUUGACUAAUUCUACUGGAGGUGGUUUCGAUAGUAAUAAUCUUCUAUUGAAUAGUCAAUAUCUUCCAACAUCUUUCGGAAGUGGAGGUGGACAUUUUCCUCGUCAGUGUUUGUCACUAACCUGUAGAGAACGUUCAUCGUCAACACCGAAUGUAUCGAACAAUUUAAUUCCACCAAAUCAACAGAAAAGUUUAUUCACUCCCAGUUCACUUGGAAAGCGAGAGGCGAAUAAAAUUAUUCAAGGAUCCCCUUUACACAUUGUAUAUCCGGUUACAAAUUAUAAUUAUACAACUGGUAAUGGAGUACCAGAAAGUCCAUCAAUUCCCAAUGAUGGUUGUUUUCUAUCAAAUUUAUCUAUACCAUAUAAUCAAAGAUCUGGCAGUGAUCCAAAACAAUCUAUCAAAGUAAAAAAUAGACGUGGUUCAAAUGAUGAAUGGGAGAUAAAUGGACAAGAAAUUACUAAAGGUCCAAGAAUCGGUUCUGGAUCAUUUGGUACUGUAUUUAAAGGUUAUUGGCAUGGAAAUGUUGCUAUUAAAGAAUUGAAUGUUGUUGAUCCUACACCACAACAAUUGAAAGCUUUCAAAAAUGAAGUCAGUGUAUUGAGAAAGACACGACAUGAAAAUAUUCUUUUAUUUAUGGGUUGUGUCUCUAAACCAUGUAUAGCUAUCAUCACUCAAUGGUGUGAAGGGUCCAGUUUGUAUAAACAUCUUCAUGUGUUAGAGCAUCGUUUUGAUGUUCCAGAACUAGUCGAUAUUGCCAAGCAAACAUCACAGGGAAUGGAUUAUUUACACGCUAAGAAUAUAAUACAUCGUGACUUAAAGUCAAGUAAUAUAUUCUUACAUGAUCGUACUGUGAAAAUUGGCGAUUUUGGUUUGGCCACAGUAAAAAGUCGUUGGUGGAAUACUGGUUGUCAACAACCAACUGGAUCUAUAUUUUGGAUGGCUCCUGAAGUUAUUCGUAUGGAAGGUGAAACACCGUAUACUAAUCUUUCAGAUGUAUACGCAUAUGGUGUAGUGAUUUAUGAAUUGAUUACUGGUCAACUACCUUAUUCUCAUUACAAUAAUCGUGAUCAAAUUUUAUUUCUUGUUGGUCGAGGUUUAUUAAAACCUGAUCUAACUGUAUGUCGUGCAGAUAUUCCUCAUCAAUUACAACGUUUAUCAUUAGAUUGUUGCAGUUUUCAACGUGAAAAUCGACCACCAUUCUCUCAGAUUUAUCCAUGUUUAGAUUCAUUAUAUCGUUCAUUACCAAAAUUACAUAAAUGUUCAUCAGAACCAAAUAUUAAUGGUAUUGUAUCACGUGGUAAUAUAGCAAUUGGAUCUUCAAACAAUGAACGUUUCGGUAUGGAUGAAUUUAAUGAUAAACGUAUUAUUUCUAAUAAAUCUGCUACAGUUACAACUAAUUAUUUAAGUUUAUCACCAAAAACACCAUUUAAUAAUAAUAAUAAUAAUAGUAAUAAUAACAAUAAUAAUAAUAAUAAUGGUAAUACAAUAUCAUCAUCAAUUACAAAUGAAUUGUUUUUUACAAAUCGUAACUUAACCGAUACUACUACUAAUACUACUACUAUUACUACUACUGCUAUGACAUCAAAUUCAUCAAAUAAUUUAGAUAAACAAUCUACAAAUACAACAAUAAGCAAUGACCAUUUAUCAUCACCUCCUCCUCCACUUCAUCUUUCUGAUAAUAAUAAUAAUAAUAAUAAUAAUAAUAAUAAUAAUAAUAAUAAUAAUAAUAAUAAUAAUAAUAAUGGUACAGAAGAACAUGUUGAUCGUACACCAUCAUCAUCAUCAUCUAUCAUACAUGAUACAUCCUCUAAUACUUCUUCACCCCCAUCACCAUCAUCAAUUGUAAACGAACGUACAAUAUUGAUUGUAGACAAUAAAAUUGUAUGAAAAAGAGAUUGAAUAUAAUUUACGAUGAUAAAUAUUCUUUUUAUUGUUUGUUUAUUAAUUUUCUUCUAAAAAAGUUUUUUUUUAUUCUGUUUUUUUCUUUCGCUUGUUUGUUUGUUUGUUUUUUCUUAAUUGUUGUUAUUGGAUUAAUCAAAUUUUCUCUUUAUUAUCUCUUCAUAAUGAUGAUAAUUAAAUAAUUGAAAUAUUUAUGUUGUAUUUAACCAUUAGAUUGUAAACCCCUUUCACGUUAUAUACACACGCACGCACAUACAUAAAACAACAAUGAAAAAUUGUAUACAAAUAAACCGAUACACAUUAUUACAUGAUAAAUAAGUUAUAUGAUCCCCCCCUUUUCUUGUUUUUUUGGACAGUUUUAUAAUUGUAUAAAGUUUUCCUCUUUAUUAUUUCUAUUCAUCGUUCUUAGUUGUCAUCUGUGAUAGGUAGUUGUUUUUUUUUGUACAGCUUACACUUUGCCCAUCCCCCAUAGAUAUGUAUGCUGCUUCUCAUAUGAUAAGAUUCUUUUCACUGAUUUCAUGUUAUUGUUGUUGUUGUUGUUUUCUUCUCUCUUUCUUUCUGUUUAUAAAGGCUAACAAAACAACAUAGAUUCAUCUGGUUAUUUAUUUUCAUUUUUGGUCAUAGUGAUUUCAAGUUUAUUUUUGUUUUGUUUGUUUUUGUCAAAAAGAAAUAUUAUGAAUGAUUAUUGUUCCAUCAGUGUACUUUUCAAACGUUUUUUCUCUCUUGAUAUUCUCGCUUCACUUAUCUUGGAAGUCUUAUCAGCCCUUGUGGUCUGGUGUGUGACGAAAUCUCAGCACGGAUACAGGAGACCCGACUAGCAUUUACCAACUUGCGUCAUUUAUGGCGUAGGCGAGAUAUCCGUCUAUCAACCAAAGGACGUGUUUACUGCACAGCAGUUCGUCCCG